AAGGUUCCUCCCUCAAAUACCAGCCUGUUGUUCUGUCGCAAGUAGCCUAAACAGCGCCAUGUAUCGUUCUCUCAGAAACGUCCAUCGAUUAAACAGCAGCCUCUUGGGCUUGCACAGGAGCAUAUCCAGCAAAACCUGCCGCAAGUCAGUAAGCGUCGCACUGAUCUCGACGAGGAUGGCAAGCUCAGAGUCUUACCGAAUUGAGAGGGAUACUUUCGGUGAACUGAAAGUUCCAAAUGACAAGUACUAUGGAGCCCAGACGGUCAGGUCUACUAUGAACUUCAAGAUUGGUGGAGUAACUGAACGAAUGCCUAUUCAAGUCAUCAAGGCUUUUGGCAUUCUGAAGAGGGCGGCUGCUGAAGUAAACCAGGGUUAUGGCUUGGACACCAAGAUUGCUGAUGCCAUCGUCAAAGCAGCUGAUGAGGUCAUUGCUGGUAAACUGGAUGACCACUUCCCCCUUGUGGUCUGGCAGACAGGGUCAGGAACCCAGACGAACAUGAAUGUGAAUGAAGUGAUCAGCAACAGGGCUAUCGAGAUGUUGGGUGGUAAACUGGGGAGCAAAGAUCCUGUUCACCCCAAUGACCAUGUCAACAAAAGUCAGAGCUCCAACGACACUUUCCCUACAGCUAUGCACAUUGCUGCUGCCAAAGAGGUUCACGAGGUGUUGUUGCCUGGACUGCAGACUCUCCAUGACUCCCUGGAAGGCAAGGCCAAAGAGUUCAAAGAUAUCAUUAAGAUUGGGCGCACCCAUACACAGGAUGCUGUGCCCCUCUCACUAGGCCAGGAGUUUAGUGGCUAUGUGCAGCAGGUGAAAUACAGCAUGCUACGGAUCAAGUCUGCCAUGCCAAGAGUGUAUGAGCUGGCCGCUGGAGGCACUGCCGUGGGUACUGGAUUGAACACACGCAUUGGGUUUGCGGAAAAAGUAGCUGCCAGAGUGUCUGAGCUGACAGGUUUGCCGUUUGUGACCGCACCAAAUAAGUUUGAAGCUCUUGCUGCCCAUGAUGCUCUGGUGGAGCUGAGUGGAGCGAUGAACACCGUGGCCUGCAGUCUAAUGAAGAUCGCCAAUGAUAUCCGUUUCCUUGGCUCUGGGCCUCGCUCGGGCUUAGGUGAACUCAUCCUGCCUGAAAAUGAACCAGGAAGCAGUAUUAUGCCAGGGAAAGUGAAUCCAACCCAGUGUGAGGCCAUUACUAUGGUAGCUGCUCAGGUGAUGGGAAAUAAUGUGGCUGUGACAGUGGGAGGCAGCAGUGGUCACUUUGAACUGAAUGUUUUCAAACCCAUGAUUAUUAAAAACGUACUAAACUCUGCAAAGCUGCUGGGAGAUGCUUCUGUCUCUUUCACCGAGAACUGUGUGGUUGGAAUUGAGGCAAACAGAGAAAGAAUCAACAAACUAAUGAAUGAAUCCCUGAUGCUGGUAACCGCACUGAACCCACAUAUAGGAUAUGACAAAGCUGCUAAGAUUGCAAAGACUGCUCACAAGGAAGGCUCAACACUAAAAGAAACUGCUAUCAAGCUUGGCUACCUUACAUCUGAACAGUUUGAUCAGUGGGUCAAACCCCAGGAUAUGCUGGGUCCUAAAUAAUGCAAAAAAAUCCACUUUGUACAAUUAAAUGUUAUUCUUUUUCUUGUCAGAACAUUCUAAUACUUAAUUUGUUUACAAAAUCGAUGCAUGCAAGCUAUUUCUUGUGUGUUGAUAGUUAUUAAAACUGGUGGCUCAAACUCUUUUUUUUCAAAAUUUUAAAUUAUUACAAAUAACCAAUUCAUUUACAAUACUGUAACAUAUUGAAUAUGUAGAACAUACAUAUGGAAUGUGAGAACAAAAUGUGGCUGGCAAUAUAUACAAACACCCAUACUGUGCAUCUGUUAAAAUAUAUAUAUAUAUAUAUAUAAUAUUUCCCCCAUCCACCCAAAACAUAGCAUUACCAUUAUUUUUAUAACUGGGUAAUAUGAAAAACUGUACAAUGCACUGCCAAAUGAUUCUAACCCCUGCCGUUUUAUCAAUUCUGAAACCUUUCAUUCUACACUAUAGAAAUACAAACGGUAUAAAUCAUUUUUUAUAUGUAUUUUGGAUUUCACUAGCCCUUGUAUGUUUUGGGCAAAAGAAUAAAUGAAUCAUAGGUG